AACAAGGUGACUGAGUGCUUUAAAGCCAAUGCGGUGUCGCUGUAAUCUCUCCAGCCGCGGCUGGUCCGGAGGCUUCAGUCUCUCGGCAAGGCAGUCUGCCCACAAGCCCUCGCCGUGUCGAGUGCCCGCUGACUCUCCGCUCCGCCCCAGCUCCAGAAAAUCCUCUCCAAGCUCCAGAAUCCGGGCGCCAAGAUCCAAGUUCCUGGCUCCGGGCGCCGUGCCCCGGGAUACGCCCUGCUCCAGGCUCCGCUCUCUGAGCUUCGGGGUCCGGAGUCCCCGGCUUUCCCUCCUGCUGGGGCACCGGCUGGGCCCGGUCUCCUGAGUCCUCUGAGAUGGGUGUCCGCCCCGCGGGGGGCGGGCGGCGCUGCCGGACCCUGUUCCUGCUGCUGGCUCUCAGCUGGGCCUCCUUCCCAGGCCAUCUGGAGGCUUUCAAGGUCAGCUCUCUGUACUCGCUCUACGUCUGUCCGGAAGGGCAGAACGUCACCCUAACCUGCAGGAUCUCUGGACCCUUCUCCGACUGGCACGACCAGAUCUACAAGAAGUGGUCCUGGAGCCCCCGUGAGGACCAGAACUGCUCGGGGAGGCGGCCCAUCCGCAAUCUCACGGACCACGACCUGCACUCCCACCAGGGAGCCGGUCACCACCGGGCCAAUGGCAGCGUGGGGCCCGGCCCCCACAGGGAACGCGCCCAGCGCCACGGAGUGGAGACCAACUCGGACCACCAUGGGACUUUCUGGAUCACCUUGGUGAACCUGACCCAGCAGGAUGGUGGCAUUUACUGCUGCUUCGUGGCGGAUAUUAAUCACCAUCAUGUGAAGCAGCGGUCCCACGGCCUCAUGGAGCUGCAGGUGCAGAAAGGCCAAAUGUCACAGUCCAAGUGCACGCUGCACCUGCCCUCCAAUGUUGAUGGUGAAAACAUCACGGCUGCGGCUCUGGCCACUGGGGCCUGCAUCGUGGGAAUCCUCUGCCUGCCCCUCAUCCUGCUUCUUGUCUACAAGCAGCGGCAGGCCAUUUCCAACAGGCGUGCUCACGAGCUGGUGAGAAUGGAGAGUAAUACCCAAGGCAUCGAGAACCCCGUCUUUGAUGCUGGGCCCCCUGGACCCGCCGAGUCCAGACCCAUGCCCUUGGUGAACAGCUUGGCCCGACGACAGCAGUCCGAGUCAGGGCGGCACCUCCUCUCAGAGCCUAACACUCCGCUCUCACCCCUGGGCCCAGGCGAUGUCUUCUUCCCAUCCCUAGAGCCCGUCCCGGAUUCCCCAAGUUCUGUGACUGCAUAGCCUGCCUGCCUGGGGGAUGAGAUGCUUUUGGAAGACCUGGCUGUGGAGGAGCCUCACACCAGCACCGUAGCAGGAAGGCCUCUGUGAAUGCAAGCCUCAGACACUUCGUGCCUUGCUCGGGCCUCUUCCCUUCCAAAGGGCUCAGAAGUUGGGAAAUCUCUCUCUCCAGAGUCCUCAACUCCUUGUCCUCUGGCCAGGGACUGUGACUUCUACUAGAGGAACAAACAGUCCAACGGGGUUCGGCCAGGACUCUGGGUUCUUUCUGCUCUGUCAGCACACAUGUCUCCAGGCCUCUGCUCUGCUUCCAUCAUCUCCCUUGCCCGGAUCGGCCCACAGAUUGUGUGCCUCAGGGAGGUCCGAUGUGGAGCCCUAGAGGCAAUGGGGUGCUCGCCUUUUCCACUUGGGGAGUCCUGGAUCUGUGUGAGGGCAGAGGGGUAUAUUCAGGUCCCUGGGCCAGGGCCUCUUCCAGGGCUCAGGAGAGGGAGGGUCCUCAAGGAACGGGUGUCUGUCUCACAGAGGAACCACACCAGUUUAUGGGCACAUGCCUCAGGACACCACCCCAACUGCUUUCAGACCGUGGGUGGCUGCCCAUAGGUCUCCAGCACCCUGGUUUCCCACAGGCCCCUGGUGGUCCUGACCACCCCUGUUGGGUAAAGUGGCCUGUGUGUUGUGGGCAGCCAGGAGCCUGUGGCCAAACUACAGAGUUUGUACUUCCCUACAUUGUCCCUGCUUUUUUUGUUGUUUCCUUCCACACUGAGGGUUCCUCCCUGCCUCAACUCCCUUUGCUACACUCUCUCCCCAAUUCCCCCCAUUUCCUUCCCUUCCCCCACUUCCUGGAAUGUUCCUUCUGGGAGGACUGGGUUGAAACGGCAAUCCUGACCUGAAAUAUGGAAUAAUGAUGGUCUCGCUCAGUCUGCCCUGGGCCUGCCUCCUGCAGGACUGAGGAAAGGGAGGCCCCACCACACCCCAGCCCCCAAAUCUGCCUGGGGCAGUGGAAAUGGCCCCCUGCUCUGAUGGGGACACCAGCCUGACUCUUCUCCCUCUGUGUUGCCAGCCCUGGAGGUGCCUGGCAACUAGAGAACCUAGAAGCCAAGGGAGAUGGAGCAGCCUACCUCUGGACCCCAUGAUGUUGCCAUCCCAAGGGGAAAGACUUGGCCAAUUUCCCAAUAAAACCAGAAGCAGUGGCAGGAGCUGGUGGUUUGGGGUCCCUAAUGCAUGGCAGGCAAUGGAAACACCCAGGCCUACUAGUGUCCAACUUCACAACCCCGAAGCCUCAUUGCCCCCUUGGUUCUGCCCAAUGGUUCUAGGAAUCUACCAGGUCCAAGAGCCCUAAAGUUGCAGCUGCAUCUUCUGUUCUUUGGCUAGGAAGCACUGAACAGCCAGAGGAGGUAGGCAGGGGAGAAUUAGGCAGCCUGGGUCUACGAAGGACACCUUGUUUCAGUUGGAAUCUCCUGCUGUCUUGGGCUCCAGCCUGGGUUUGGCUGGAGGAAGGGCUUGUUGCCCUCUCAGCUCUGGACUUGGGGCCUCAAUGCUGGCUGCCCAGGGGCACUUCCUUGAGGGGGUAAUGAGGAUCACUUCCUGAGCUAGACUUCCUGAGGCCCCUGUGGGUUCGGUAGAGAUCACACCUUGCUUCACCCUCCCCAAGAGCUCCUCUCUGUAGCCAGAGAGUCCUGUUGAAACAGGAAGUGUCUAGGGAGUGGCUCCCAGUAGUGUUAUGGACCAAUUUGCUCCUUAUAUAAAUUGUAUAUCAUUUGAAUCACAGAUUACAUCUCAUCCUGGCAGCAUGGAGAGUGAGCGUGCCCAGAUCUGGGGAAUGGGGAGUAAGCAUGCCCAGCUCUGGGGAAAGAGGGUGAACAUACUCAGCUCUGGGGAAUGGGGAGUGAGUAUGCACAAUUCUGAGGAGUGGGAAGUAAGCAUGCCCACUUCUGGGGAGAGGAAGUGAACAAGCUCAGCUCUGAGGAGUACAGAGUGAGCAUGCUCAGCUCCCCAUUGCCCAUCUCUGGGAAGUGGGGAGUGAGCAUGCCCAGCUCUGGCGGAAGGUGGUGAACAUGCUGCUCUGGGGAGUGAGCUUGCCCACCUCUGGGGAGUGGGGAGUGAGCAUGCCCAGCUCUGGCAGAAGGUAGGGAACAUGCUCAGCUGCAGGUAGAGGGGGUGAGCAGGCUCAAGUCUGCUAGAGAGGUGGAAGACCUGGCCAGCCUUCCCAACACUGGAAGAAGAAGUCAUGGCCAGGAAUGGUGAGGAGGAAGAUGAAGCACCAUGUAAAUACAGGGGCGGAGCACACUCUGGAUUCUGCUGCUGCUGCUGCUGCUGCUUUAAAAACCAGCCCAGACUUGUGAUUUAAAUAAAGAUAUUCCACCUA